CACCUACUUUUCUUUUUCUUUUUCUUUCUUCCGUCUGCCCUUUCGCCUCCACAACCAGCCCCCUUCUCUCUUUCCCAACCCUCCAUAUCGUAACAACAAAUCAUGCCUCACCGCGAGCACUCCGUCGAAACAAUUCGCAGAAACAGCGAGGUCAUGGGCAGCCUGCGCAAACUUAUGGUGGUCAACCGUGGUGAAAUUGCCAUUCGUGUCUGCCGCACAGCCCACGAACUCUCGAUGCGAACCGUCGCCAUCUUCUCGUAUGAAGACCGACUUUCCAUGCACAGAUAUAAGGCCGAUGAAUCAUAUCAAAUCGGCGAGGUCGGUAAGUUCACACCCGUUGGCGCCUACUUGGCCCAAGACGAGAUUGUGCGCAUUGCCAAAGAACGAGGCGUGUCAAUGAUCCAUCCUGGCUAUGGCUUCUUGUCUGAAAACGCCGAGUUUGCUCGCAAGGUGGAGGCAGCAGGCAUCACAUUCAUUGGCCCGUCUCCUGGAGUCAUUGAUAGCCUGGGUGAUAAGACCAAAGCCCGUCAAAUCGCCAUGGAGUGCAACGUGCCUGUCGUGCCCGGCACUCCCGGCCCCGUCAGCGAAUACUCUGAGGCCAAGGCCUUCAUUGACACGUAUGGAUUCCCCAUCAUUAUCAAGGCCGCCAUGGGCGGUGGUGGUCGUGGAAUGCGGGUCGUGCGCGACGCAGCCUCGCUCGAGGAUUCCUUCAACCGUGCCAAAUCCGAGGCCCUGUCUGCCUUUGGCGACGGCACCGUCUUCAUCGAGCGUUUCUUGGACAAGCCCCGUCACAUUGAAGUCCAGUUGUUGGCUGAUCGUGCUGGUAACGUCGUCCACCUGUUCGAGCGCGACUGCUCUGUCCAGCGUCGCCACCAAAAGGUCGUCGAAAUCGCCCCUGCCAAGAACCUCGACAACAAGGUCCGUGAGGCCAUCCUCAACGACGCCGUCCGAAUUGCCAAGCAAGUCAAGUACAAGAACGCCGGUACUGCCGAAUUCUUGGUCGACAAUCAGGGCCGUCACUACUUUAUCGAAAUCAACCCGCGUAUCCAGGUCGAGCACACCAUCACUGAAGAAAUCACCGGCAUCGAUAUCGUUGCUGCCCAGAUCCAGGUUGCUGCCGGUGCGCUUUUGCCCCAGCUUGGCUUGACCCAGCAACGCAUCCGUCAGCGCGGCUAUGCCAUCCAGUGCCGUGUGACGACUGAAGAUCCCGAGAAGGGCUUCCAGCCUGACACUGGCAAGAUUGAAGUAUACCGUUCCUCGGGUGGCAACGGUGUUCGUCUGGACGGUGGUGCAGGUUAUGCUGGCGCCAUCAUCACGCCGCAUUAUGACUCCUUGCUUGUCAAGUGCACGUGCUCUGGCUCCACCUACGAGGUUGCGCGUCGCAAGAUUGUGCGCGCACUGGUCGAGUUCCGCAUCCGUGGCGUCAAGACCAACAUUCCCUUCCUGCAGCGUCUGCUGACCCACGACACCUUUAUCAACGGCAACUGCUGGACAACCUUUAUCGACGACACCCCCGAUCUGUUCCGUCUUGUGCAGUACCAAAACCGUGCCCAGCGCAUGCUCGGGUACCUCGGUGACGUGAUUGUCAACGGCUCGCAGAUCAAGGGCCAAGUGGGCGAGCCUUCGUUCAAGCACGAAAUCGUCCUGCCUUCGAUCCACGACGAGGCUGGCAAGGAAAUCGACGUCGCAUCGACCCAACCCACCGCUGGCUGGCGCAAGAUCUUUGUCGAGCAAGGCCCCGAAGCAUUUGCCAAGGCCGUGCGCGCAUACCCGGGCACACUCAUCAUGGACACCACCUGGCGUGACGCCCACCAGAGCUUGCUCGCCACUCGGGUUCGUACAACCGAUUUGCUCCGAAUUGCACCUGCAACUUCACACGCUCUGGCCAAUGCCUUUUCGUUGGAGUGUUGGGGCGGCGCCACCUUUGACGUCGCCAUGCGCUUCCUCUAUGAAGAUCCUUGGGAGCGCUUGAUCCAGCUCCGCAAGGCCGUUCCAAACAUUCCGUUCCAGAUGCUGUUGCGUGGCGCCAACGCUGUCGGCUACACCUCGUACCCGGACAAUGUCGUCUACGAGUUCUGUGCCAAGGCUGUCAAGGCCGGUAUGGACGUCUUCCGUAUCUUUGACUCUCUCAAUUAUGUCGAGAACAUGCGCUUGGGUAUCGAUGCCGUCAAGAAGGCCGGCGGUAUCGUCGAGGCCACAGUCUGCUACACCGGCGACGUGUCCAACCCGAACAAGAAGUCCAAGUACGACAUUGACUAUUACGUCAACCUCACCCAGGAACUCGUUGACGAGGGCAUUCACAUCCUCGGCAUUAAGGAUAUGGCCGGUCUGCUCAAGCCCGAGGCCGCCAAAUUGCUCAUCGGCACAAUCCGUAAGAAAUUCCCCGACUUGCCGAUCCACGUGCACACUCACGACACUGCUGGUACUGGUGUUGCCGCUAUGCUUGCGGCUGCGGCUGCUGGCGCUGACGUUGUCGAUGCUGCCGUCGACUCCAUGUCCGGUAUGACUUCGCAGCCUGCCAUGGGCGCUCUUGUGGCCGGCUUGGAACAGACCCACUUGGGCACCGGUAUCCGCCACGAAGAUAUCCAGGCCUUGAACUCGUACUGGGAGCAGGCACGCAUGCUCUACUCUUGCUUCGAAGCCAACGUCAAGGCUGCCGACUCUGGCGUCUACGACCACGAGAUGCCUGGUGGCCAGUACACUAACUUGAUGUUCCAGGCUCAGCAGCUUGGUCUCGGUACCCAAUGGAUCGAAAUCAAGAAGGCCUAUGCCGAAGCCAACCAGCUCUGUGGUGACAUUGUCAAGGUCACUCCGUCCUCCAAGGUUGUUGGUGACUUGGCUCAAUUCAUGGUUUCCAACAAGCUGACUGCCAAGGAUGUCCAGGAGCGCGCAAAGACCCUGUCGUUCCCUACCUCGGUUGUCGAGUUCUUCCAGGGCUACCUUGGUCAGCCCGCCGGUGGAUUGCCCGAGCCUUUGCGCACCAACAUCAUCCGCAACUUGCCUCGCAUCGACGGCCGUCCCGGUGCUACCAUGGCUCCUCUUGAUUUGGCCAAGCUCAAGGAAGAGCUCAUCGAAAAGUACGAUGGCAUCAACGACUACGAUGUCUUGUCCGCUGCCUUGUACCCCAAGGUCUUUAGCGAAUACCGUGACAUGGUUGCCCAGUAUGGUGACUUGAGCGUCAUCCCCACCCGCUACUUCUUGGCCAAGCCUGAGAUUGGUGAAGAGUUCCACGUCGAGAUUGAGGAGGGCAAGACGCUUAUCAUCAAGCUGUUGGCCGUCGGUCCCAUCAACGGCACCGGCAAGCGUGAUGUCUACUUUGAGCUGAACGGUGAGGCUCGUGUUGUCGGUGUGCAGGACAAGAACGCUGCCGUCGAGACGGUCACUCGCGAAAAGGCUAACUUGUCCAAGCCUGGCGAUGUCCCCGCUCCCAUGUCUGGUGUCGUUAUUGAAGUUCGCGCCAAGGAAGGCACCCAGAUCAAGGCCGGUGAUCCUGUCUGUGUGUUGAGUGCCAUGAAGAUGGAGACUGUUGUCUCUGCUCCUGUUGCUGGUCGUGUUGAGUUGGUUCCUAUCAAGGAAGGUGAUUCGCUUUCGUCUGGUGACUUGGUCGCUCGCAUUGUCAAGGACUAGGUUUCCUUUUUUCUUUUCUUUCUUUCCUCUUCGUAUUUCCCUUUUUCCUAAUUUGCAUGAUUUUUUGUACAAUUUUUAUAUAUUUUCUACCCUUCCUAUACUUGUAACAUAGCAAAAUCGUUCCUUCUUCCUUCACGCACGGCAUUAUAUUCUAUAGAUAGCUCCAAGUGGAAAAGAAGUGAAAUAUACAUAUGUUGUUUUAAACGCUAA